UUUCCGCGGGGGCCCUGUUUGGUGUGACACCACCAGAGCCUCCUCCUUGCCGGUCGGAGUGGGAUGGCGGGGGCACCGCAGUCCAGGUGUCUCAGCGCCCUGCCUGGGAAUGGGCCUCCGCGGGCGGCAGCAGCAUCAGCAUAGCCCCCAGUCACAGGAAGAUGCCCAAACUGAAAGGUUUUGAGUUCUGGAGCAACACACUGAAAAGUGCUCGUUUUGUGGUUGCUCCCAUGGUGGAUCAGAGCGAGUUAGCGUGGAGACUGUUGAGCCGCCGCCAUGGAGCCCAGCUGUGUUACACACCUAUGCUGCAUGCUCAGGUCUUUGUCAGAGAUGCCAAUUACCGUAAGGAAAACCUAUACUGCGAUGUGUGUCCAGAGGAUAGACCUUUGAUUGUGCAGUUUUGUGCCAAUGAUCCAGAAGUGUUUGUUCAGGCUGCCUUGCUGGCUCAAGAUUACUGUGAUGCUGUUGACCUGAACUUGGGGUGCCCUCAGAUGAUUGCAAAGAGAGGUCACUAUGGAGCAUUCCUACAGGAGGAAUGGGACCUUCUUCGGAGAAUGAUUAUGUUGGCUAACGAGAAGCUCUCUGUUCCUAUCACAUGCAAAAUCCGUGUUUUCCCAGAAAUUGCCAAGACUGUGAAAUAUGCCCAGUUGCUGGAAGAGGCUGGUUGUCAACUCCUGACUGUCCAUGGCCGCACCAAAGAGCAGAAGGGCCCUCUUGCUGGUGUAGCCUCCUGGGAGCACAUACAGGCAGUGAGAAAAGCUGUAAAGAUCCCUGUCUUUGCAAAUGGAAAUAUUCAGUGCCUAAGUGAUGUGGAGAAGUGUAUUCAGAAGACAGGUGUUCAGGGUGUCAUGAGUGCAGAGGGCAAUCUUCACAAUCCAGCUUUGUUUGAAGGAAGAAACCCUGUAGUUUGGGAGAUGGCUGAUGAAUACUUGGACAUAGUACAGCAGUACCCUUGCCCUCUGUCCUAUGUCAGGGCUCAUCUCUUUAAGCUUUGGCAUCAUACGCUGCAAGUUCACCAGCAACUACGUGAUGAAUUGGCAAAAGUGAAGACACUGGAUGGACUUGUAGCUGUCAACCAGGAACUGAAGCUACAUUGCCAGAAAGAAAUGGCUCAGUUGAAGGAAGAAGAGAAACCAAAGGGAGGAUUGCCUUUCUUCCAUUGGAUUUGUCAGCCAUACCUCCGGCCAGGGCCCAAAGAGACAUGCAAGGAAAAUGGCAGUAGUGGUAUAGAAGGAAGUACACGGGUGAAGAGAGCUCUGGAAGAUGAGGAAGAUGGCAACUCUGAUUCUCUUUCAAAGAACAAACAAAAGAAGAAACUAAGAAAUCCUAAUAAAAGCUUUGAUCCAUCCUUAAAACCUAAAUAUGCAAAGUGUGAUCAGUGUGGAAACCCAAAGGGUAACAAGUGUGUGUUUAACCUGUGUCGAGGAUGCUGUAAGAAAAGGGCUUUUAGAGAAACAGCAGAUUGUCCAGGUCAUGGUCUGCUUUUUAAAACCAAAUAUGAAAAAAGUCUUUUGUGGAAAAGUGGGCAGUCCAGUUUGGAAAAGGUUGAAGUGACAGCACAACAAGGUGAGGUGGAGGAGACAUUAUUACUGAAAGAAGCUAUUGAUGGUGUCGCAUGAGGCCUUGGUAAUUCCUCCUGGAUUUGCGAAGUAGCCUCUAUCUCCCUCCCUGGGCCAAAGAAAUGUCUGCUUCCAGAACACAAGCACGUGAUGCCACAGACCAGAUUGAUAGGUCUUAUUAAGGAAGUUUCUUUCUCAGGGAAAUAUCUUGUAGUGGAAAUAAAAAGGAUGCAAAGAAGGCUUUUUUUCACAAUGUGUUUGAAGGAUUUCAAAGGACUGAGCCAGAAGCACCGACCUCAAUAUGCUGCAUUGGAGACACCUUUAAAGAAAUGACCUGCCUGUUAAAAAAAUUGUGUAUGGUUUUAAAAUGGACAAAUAAAUCUUUUAUAUAAGAA